GGGCGCAUUUGGAAGGACGGUGAUCUUGUGUGAUGAGAAAGCCAUACCUGAUGAAAUUCAGUGAGACAAUUUGCCGUAGGUUUAAAGUAUAGUAUCGGGCCAUGAAUUGGUAUGUCAGUUGAAAUGAAUUUGCCAGAAAAAACUUUACCGAUGAAGCAGGACAUGGAAAACAAAGAAAAUGCAGAUAGUUCCACAUGGGACCAAGUGACUUUUGCUCUGGAAAAAGGUUUAGCUUUUCCACCAUCCUUGAAUUCAUCUCUUAAAGUGAAGCAAACUACUGGAGCUAUAAACUGUAGCCCUGAUGCUAUUACAGCGUCUGCUGUUCCUAAAGUUGAGCCUGCUGAAACGAAGAACCAGCACAUGUCAUUCAGUCAGACCUUCUUACACAAGAAAAGUACAAAGGAUAGGCAGUUGAAAACAGCCACGCAGAAUUCUAGCGUACACCUUCCAGAGAGGCGUGUACUUGGCUCAUAUCGUGGCAAAAUUGUUUCAUCUAAGAUAAACUCCUUCAGAAAAGCAGUAGAGAACGAUGGGAGAAAGAACUCCUUAGCUGCUCCUGCUAAGCCAGUGGUAAAAACUGACCCCACAAAGGAUAGAGUUACUAACACAGUGAAUGCUUCUAAACCUGUAAGUAUGCCAUCACUUCAAACUAAGCCUCCCGUUAAGGUAUCGGUUGGCCAGCCUAAGCCCAUUCUGAACCAGGAGAAACCAUCAAUCAAGACUACAUCAGUGAAUAAAGAGGCUACCUGGAAAAUGCCCAGUAAGAAUUGGACGCCUGUGUUAAAAACAGUAUCUUAUAAUGCGCCUAACUCAGAACAAAGACUCAAGAAAGCUGUUCCACCUAGAAAUAGAAUAGGAGCUUUGGCAGGGUCGGUUUCUGAAACUCAUGGCACAAAGUGUGUGGUUACUUCCAAAACAGUUGGCAACAGGCAAAGUACUCUACACCAAUCUGCAGAAGCAAGAAGGACUCAACUGGCUGAAUGGCAGGCAUCUAAAGGGAAAGUGUUGAAGAAGCCACAUGCUCCAUUACAAACAGAUGCUCGGCAUACAAUAGAGCCACAGCAAACUGUAAAAGAACCGGUUGAAUCCUUCUGGGCUGCCAUAGCAGAGGAAGAUGAACAACAAUUAUUCAGUGAUACAGUCAAUAAAACCCUCACAGAAUGUCUGUGCUUAAUUGAGAAGGGUUGCUCAACUGAUAAAAUACAUUCCACUUUGGAAGAAUUAAUUCUGAGUGUUCCGGAAGCGAAAAAACUCGCCAAGUAUUGGGUGUGUCGGAUGCAUCUCGAGCAAUUGGGCACCCUUGAAAAGGUCAUGGCUGUCUAUGAGGAAGCAAUUUUAGCAGGAGCACAGCCUAAGGAUGAGUUACGUAAUGCAUUAACGGAUGUCCUGAAGGAUAUAAAAAAUAUACCCAAAUCUGAUGGGGAAUGUAAAAAGAAAGAAACGAUUCCAAGCUGCACUGUAGAAGCUAAUUUCAAUGAGGAGAAGGUAGACGUCCAGCCAUAUAACAACAAAGAGGCUUCCCUGACAGAAGAAUGUUCGAAGCCUGAACAAGAGAGCGUUGUGGGCAACGAAGAGCAAAGUCAGACACCUGCAGCAUGUAAAAAAGAACAGAAUGUUACUGAGUCACAGAAAAAUGGAGUUUUGGAGUUUAAAACUCCUGAAAAUAACGUGGGGUCCUACUUGAUUAAGUAUAAUGUAUCAACUACUCCCUCCUUGGAAAGUAUGAAGAAAAAACUGCAGUGUGAAAAUAGCAGCUCUGCUGUUAUGGAUCUGAAACUUCUGACCCCAGUGAGACGUUCCCGGCGCCUACAAAAGAAGGUGUGCAAGUUGCCAGAGAUGUUGAAAGACCACAACCCUUGUGUUUCUUCACUGGAACAGCUUGGAGAACUGGGAGAUGAAGCUGUUGCCUUUGUCUAUAGACCAAACAGUGCACUACACAAAGUCUUGGAAGGGCAAGACAAUGUGACCUUAUAGAAUGCUUGCAAUCCUGUAUUGGUCUUGUCCCUUUUAAUAUUUUAUAAAUAGUUUGUAUUAAAUAUUUGUGUGUGUUUUUUUAACUGUCUAACUUGCGGCCAGGAGGACAUAUUCAUAGGAUAAGAUGUUUAACUCUAUGAAAUAGAGAAAGUUACAAAAUAAUUUGAUAAGAUUGAUUAAAAUAAUAAAGAAUAUUGAGGUUCUAUGGUAACUAAUAUCUUUUAUUUAAAGAAACUAA